AUGGACGAUCUGGCAAAGAAAAAGGGAGUUAGAGGAGGCCACAGAGCAUCGGCAAGUAAGCUUGUGGCAAAGAUAAUUGAAGCGAUACCGAAAGCAAGCCCAGAGAGCCCAGAGAAGGACUUAGUAUGGCUGAGACAAAGCCAGAUCACAUUACGAGACAAAAUCAAAAUGUUGAAAGAGCGAAGCGAUCGCAGAAUUGGAAAGAACGUUGCUUCAACUCGAUGACCCGCUAGGAAAACUCGGAGGACAAAGCCUGCCAUUGUUGACGCCAACGAUUCUCACAUCAGCCGAAGGAAACCUUGAUCAAAGUCAUGUUUCAAUAUCAAGUGCGGGUAAAAUCAUAAGAGCGAAGCUUACGAAACUUAGACUACGGAAUUUUGGCGGAAAGAUUUGUGAAUGGCCAGAGUUUUGGAAUGGAUUUUCCAGCUCGAUAGACAACAAUGACCAAUUGUCGGAUGUUGACAAGUUCGCCUAUCUGCACAGAUAUUUGGAAGGGCCAGCAAAGUCUACCAUCGCUGGUCUCUCGUUGACGGGAGCGAAUUACAAGUGUGCGGUGGAAUUGUUAAAGAAACGGUUCAAAAAGAAAAGCGCAGUACAACGGGCGCACGUAAAUGAACUGAUACAAUUGCCAGCGGUUUAUAAAGAAAGAGAUACACAAAGAUUACGGAAGUUGUAUGACAGCUGCGAAGCGAACAACUGCGCAUUGAAAGCCCUGGGAGUGAACAAAGACUCGUAUUCAGCCAUUGUUGUUCCGACAAUCAUGGAAAAGUUGCCAGAACAGUUUCGUUUGACCAUCACGCGAGGGCAGAACUUUCUGGAAUGGUCGAUGGAAGAAAUGUUAAACGCUUUUGAGAAGGAACUCGAACUUUGUGAAGCGCACAAUGCAGUAGGAACAAAUUCGGAUCGAGAGCAGGAAAGACACGAGCGAAAUUCGGGUAAUAUAAAGAAAUAUGGCCAACAUCAUCAUGAAACUGCAGCCGCAUUGUUAGCAAACGAAAGGAGAGGAACUGUGUAUUCUGUCUGA